AUGUGGACCAUCAAACAAGGAUAUUGGUAUCGAUUAUUGUUGGCAGCCACGAUCUUAUCGGGGCACGUUAAUGCAGAAAAGCAAAAACGGCAGAUCUUUCGAGAACAAGUGUUACCAGCAUUGGGUGGUAAGAUUCCGGAAGAAGCUUUCCGAACGGAUCGCUUGGCGUUGAAUCGAUUGAACAAGGAAGGUAUCACUGUCCCGGAUGGUGUCAUCUUGGAUGCUCGGCACAUACACAAGCAUCCUCAUCCCGAUCAAAGGGUGCCAGAAGUAGUAAAAGUCUAUCUAUCGUCGGAUGGUCGAUACGUAUCGCCGGAAGGUCGAGCAUAUUACAAUCCAUCAAAAACCGUCGAUACAACUUACGUUAUACGAAGGCCGUUUACGCACACAAACUAUAGAACGUCGAAUAAUUUCGAAAAUAUUAAAUUCCAAAAUUAUCCUAAGCCACAAGCCUACUCCAAUUACAGAUUCUUGCCAAUCGCACCAUCCGUCAAGCCGAGCGUUUACAAACCCGUCAUAACGCCUUUAACGCUUCCGGCUGACAGCGAUCUGUUCGAUUUACCAACCUGGGACACGGAAUACGAUUGGGACGCUGUAUACGAACCGUACGAUGAAUUCUUCGUCAAUAAUAUCGCACUGUUCAAUUCGCAUCAGAUCAUCACGGAUUAUCAAGCGUUCCUCAACGAGUUCUAUGGCCGAUCGCUGAGACACAGUGACAGGAAUCAACAGUAUCGCCAAGAUCGAAAGUAUCAGGAAUCGAAAUUAUCAACGGCUUAUCAAAAAGUCAGGUCACACAUCGCCAAUUCUCACAAUUCCGAUUCUGCCUAUACGAGUCUCACGUCUAUCCCGAAAACCAGUUUUUCCUGCCGCGGAAGGAAGGGAGUGUUUGCCGACGUCGAAACCAAAUGUCAAGUGUUUCACGAUUGCUCAGAUUGGUCGAAGGUAUCUUCCCUGUGUCCACCAGGAACUGCGUUUUGCGAAGCAAAUAAGCGCUGCGAAUGGUUCGAUACGGUACGAUGCAAUCUCACAGUGGAAACUGGUCCAGUUUCGUUCAUAUUCAAACUCAGUGCGGUCAUGCGGAGAAGUUGCUGCGUCCUCCCUGUACUAUUGCUCGCUAUUAUGCUGGCAGCGCCUUCUUCUACCAUCCAGGUCCAGGAACGGCUGCCGGUGGAUGAUUAUUACGAUGAAUAUCAAAAUUUCCAACCGGUAGUGGGAUUUCGUCAACCCAUCGUCGUGAAAGAAGAGCCCAAGAAAGAGCAGGACUUUAGCAAGAUCCCUGGAAUUCCCGGGGUAGAUUAUCCCAUUUAUCAUACAGUGCCGCCAACGAGUUUUUCCUGCGCACAUGUCCCGGUCGUACCAGGAAUGUAUGCAAACGUAGAAACGGGUUGUCAGGGAUAUCACAUUUGUCACGACGGACGAGAAGGACAUCAGGGAGCCUCCUUCUUAUGUACUAAUGGAACACUUUUUAACCAGCACGAAUUUGCAUGCGAUUGGUGGUAUAAUGUUAAUUGCGCCGAUGCUCCAUCCCUUUACAGGCUAAACGCGGAUCCAUUAAAAAAUCCAUACGUACCAAAGGAGACAAAGGAUGCGAUACGAGAAAGACUAAAGAUUGUCGUAAUUUAAACAAUUAUGCGUAUAGCGCUAGCUAAUUCGGCCUUUCAGCAUACACGCACACAAAUCGUUCAUAACUGCUUUGCCCAGCAAUUAAUUAAAAAAAUAAAGAGAUAAGCAGUUAA